AUGGAAAAUAAUUCUGGUAUUGCUUUCCGAGAAAUAUUACCUUGGUUGGAAAAGUUUGUGCAUCUAACAGAACUCGUGAUAAUUUCUCAAUCCAUACACAGAAUCACCAAUUUGAAGGGAUGUCCGAAUUUGCGAAGACUCUGGAUUUGUGAAUGUGAGCUCGAUAAAAUCGAGAAUAUCGACUGUUGCAGGAUGCUUGAGGAAUUAUAUCUUUAUGGAAACAAUAUAAGUUCCAUUGAAAAUCUUGAGAAACUGGAAAACCUAUCUGUUCUUUGGCUCAAUGACAACCAAAUAUCUUCCAUUGAAGGUGUCUCGAAACUUUUAAAUCUUAGCGUGCUGAAUUUAUCGGACAAUCUUAUAAAGGUAAUUGGAAAAUGUCUAGAGCAAACAAUCAAACUCACAUGUCUACAUAUUUCUGGAAACAUCAUUUCUGAUUUUGAUGAAAUUGUUGCUUUGAGCCACCUCCCACAGCUGAGUUCACUAUCAAUUAAUGAGUGCGGCUUUAAACAGAACCCAAUAUGCACCAAUCCAAACCUUCCACUAGUACUUAUGUACUACCUUCCAAAAUUGAGAGUCCUUGACAACGUGAGCCUAGACAUGCCCGAGUUGCGACAUUCAGUUAGAGCAGUUAUGAAUGCAAAACAAGGAUUUUAUGCAAACAAAGGUCAACACAUUCUCAGCAUUCAGGACUCCCGUCAAAAUCAGUUAAAGGAGAGAUAUAAAUGCAUCGAGUCAAAAAUUCUAUCACAAAUACAACAGCUGGAUAAAACGAUGAGGCAUCUCCAGUUCCGCAAGGGUUUCAAAAUCAGAGGUGAGCAAAAUACGGACACCGGAGACAGUUUGCAGAUCAGUCAAUACAUAAAUGAGCUUCAAACAAGAAUCACAUUUUGGGAAUACAUGAUAGAAAAGUAUGAAGAGGAGCUCCAGUUUGCAUCAUACAUACUAAAGCAACACACAGAUCUCAAGUACAACCUUCUUCAACUGGAAUUAGAGCUGUGUGGUUAUUUUGAAUUCAUGGAAGGAUCCACUAGCGAUGAAUGGUUUCACCGUUGCAGCAAGCUUGUAGCCUCGCGAUUUUGCUUACAUCACUUGUAUGCAAUCCCGGUUUCCGGAAUAAGGGUUCAUAACGUUUACAAAGUUAAUAACAAACUAUUACUACAGAAAUUCGAAAACUGGAUAAAAAAGCAUACUGAAUUCGAUGAGCUCAUCUCUCCAAGAACAGAAGAAAUUCCACUGGACUCAGACUUAUUUCGCUCUUAUCAAGAUUAUCUUUUAGUGGUUUGUCCCAAAAACAAAGAUAAAACAAAGUAUUUUCCGGAAUUGCUGAAAUCAGGCAUUAAGAUUCCCAAUCAGGGUGCUCCUCUUUCCAAUAGUCUAAGUAUAGCGGAUGAAGAAAAUCUUGGAGAUCUGCUGAGAAGCUGUUCAACCAACAAGCAUUGGACGCCAGCAAGAUUUACAACUAUCCUGUUGAUACGAGCAAACACUAAAUAUGGUUUGGAGUUACUCACAAAGACAAACGCGGAUGAUGAUAAAGAGGUAUUACUGUUAAAAAACCCCAAAAAGUUUAAUUGCACAGGAAAAGGAUGUUCUUGUCGAUUUGUUAACAAAAGCUUCUCAUUCUCCGAAGAAAACUGUCUUCUCCCCGAAUUUAUUGUUGAGCUGGAAUAUCUGACAAAACAUGAAGUUGUGUCGCCUUUCUACCAAAUUUUGGUUUCUUCAAGUUCCAAGUUAGAUCUCCCCUUGCUCGAGGAGGAUAUCAAAACGGAUUCUACUCUGCUCAAAAAGAUUCCACAUCGUUUCCUUCGUCCAACUGCUGUUGAACUUUCAGAAAACACGUUAGAUUUGUUUUACGAUAACAAAGCGAAUUCUGAGAGUGUCUCCUUGAAUGUCAAUGACGUGAAGUGCCCAAGAACACUCAAUCUUCAAAGAUUCAAGGAUUUGACGCAUUUGAGGUUGAAUCAUUGCUACCUGCAAAAAAUGCCACUAUUUACAGGACAAAAUCUUGUACUUGUCGACCUAAGCUAUAACAGAAUAGGUUCACUGCGACUACUGCCUAACUUACAAAAGCUUUUAAGUUUUGACAUUAGACAUAAUUCUUUAAGCAACGCUUUGGAGGAUUUGGAUUCCAUACAAGCAUCAUUCCCAAAGCUUCGAGAAAUGCAGUGGCGUUUUAACCCAUGGAAAAGAAAAGAAAAUCUUCGCUAUAUAGCUGCAGCAAUGCUUCCUGGGGUUGAAAAGUUGGAUUCAAAAGAUAUAACGGAGGCUGAGAGAUCUGAGGGCAAAAGAUUGCUUUCCCUAACAAAAAUAGACAACAACUUGAUGCAGAGUGAACGCGUGGCUUCGUCAACGCCAGGAAAAGAUUAUCCCUUUCUGUCAAUUGAUUCCGUGGCAAAACAGAUUGUUAAUUGGUCAAUGACAAUCCCAAGGGUAACAGUACGAAAUACAUGGAGCAGUAUAAUAUCUUUGUGUCUGGAAAACUGCAAUCUGAGAAAAUUAGAAAAUAUGGAGAGAUUAAUAAACUUGAAGUUUUUGAAUGUAGACUACAACCACCUGAAGUCUUUACGAGGAGUUUUCCAGUGCAUAAACAUCGAGGAACUUUCAGCGGAGAACAAUUUUAUCUCCAUGAUCGAUGAACUGGAGAAUCUUAAAAAGUUAAGACGUUUACUCUUGGGAAACAACGCUAUAAAGUCUCUGACAAAUAUUCCAGAUGGAUCAAUAUUACAGCUCAAAUCCCUUGCAAACCUAACGGUUAUCGAUUUACAUGGAAACCCUAUCACUCAAAAACUGGAAAAUUAUCGUUUCCGGAUUAUCCAUCACCUGAAGGGUCUAAAAUCUCUGGAUGGAAACGAAGUACGAAUGACAGAAGUAAUGCAAUCUAAAGAGCUUCUUGGAGGACACCUUUCAAAUGAAUUUAUUAUGGAAAAACUUGAAACUGAUCAGUUUACAAAUUUGACACAAAUGGAUAUGCCAAAUAUGGGUCUGAAGAUUGUGGAUUAUUUAUCAUCAGAAAGCUUCAGAAGGUUACAGAGUGUAAAUUUGGAAAAAAACCAGCUCACUUCUUUUGGAGGUCUUUUAUUUCUUCCAGAACUGAGAGUACUGUGCUUAAAUGAAAACUGCAUUGAAAGUUUGUUUCCUAAACACAUUUCUCUCUUGGCUGAAUCUGUGCAUUCAAUUUUUCCUCACCUACAAGUUGUUCAUCUUGCUAAAAAUCAAAUUUGUUCCCUAGAACCGUUCCAUUUCCAUCGUAUGCCAGCUUUGAGAUCUCUUUUUCUUCAGCAUAAUGAGAUUGUAAACAUAACCGGAUUAGAAGGUCUGCAUCAACUGCGAGAGCUUGUUCUGGAUGGCAACCGAAUAAAAGAAAUUGGAGAAGUAUCGUUUUUCUAUAAUUGGUCGUUACAAGAAAUUCACUUAGAAAACAAUCGUCUGAAGGAGCUGCAAUCUCUCUGCGGUUUGGAAAGUUUGAAACGACUCUACGUGGGCGGAAACAAGCUGUGCAAUCUGGGAGACCUAGAAACCUUUGCUAUAGCUCAGAAGAAUCUUAUAGAAAUUUCGGUGGUGGAUAAUCCUAUAACCGCAAAACAACUUCACCGGCUCAUAUUAGUUCAUGGUUCUCCAAGAUUACAAAGCAUAGAUGGAAUACCUGUCACUGCAGAGGAGAAGGAUAGAGCAAGUGCGUUCUACUAUAGUGACCUUAUAGGAGUUAGAACCCCAAAUCUCAUCCAGCCAUUAGCUUCAGAAAUCGGGCUUUAG